AUGAUGGAGUGGACCGAACAGUAUGUGCAGCGCACCAUCGCCGCAGAGCUCAAAGAUGACAUCGCCGGGAAGAUGUGUGAUCUUGAGGACGCAACAGGUGAGCUGAACAAGUGCAUGGCCAGCUUGAAGGAGGAGAUCGAAAAGGCUAAGAAGCAGAGGCACGAGGUGGAGGAUCCAUAUCAUCUGGAGGACCCCCCAUAUUAUCUGGAGGAUGCGGAGGAGGACUUGCCAGGGCACCUUCCCACGGUUUCGCGUCAUCGCAGGUCAGAGCCGACGACACAUGCGCCGGUCCCAUUUCCAGAAAGCGUGUUUUUCGAAUGCCUCGGCAAGCAUACAGCGGCCAAGACUGCUGCAAGGGCAAUCGUAAACAAGAUCGCGACCACCGGGUACAAACAGGAGAUGGCUCCGGAGUUUCAGGCCAGCGCUUGGUCUCUGAUGACCCUGUGGCGGCAGCUCUACAACGUCCGCCUCGAGAAGGAGGCGUUCGAACCCGAGUCCAAGAAUGUCUCCGAGGAUGUCUUGGAAGCCAUGAAGGAUCAGAUGAAGUUUCUCGAUGUGACAGCCCAAAGCAUCAUGGAUGACUGGAAGAAGUGGCGAAAGGACCAACUCGAAAUCAAGCAGUGGAGACAUCGCUCCGAUGAUUUUGAUCACGUCACCUACUACACCCAGGCUUCUGUAACGUUGAUUGACAAGCUCACAGGCUUCGAGCAGACAUGGAAGACAAAGAAGGCAAAGAGUGAUGACUGGCCCUUUGGUAUACUCACGGACAGGUUUAAGGAGCAGGUUAAGGAACGCCACAUGCAGCAAAUGUUCAUCGAAGAGUUCGUCCCGAUGAUAUCAACUGACCCUUACAUCCGUCGUUUGCUCCCUGGAGAAGAGACCAGCAAAUUGAUACCUGAUCCACUGCCGGUGUUCCUUCAGCUGCCAACGUUGUCUGGAUGGCUUACUGGCAACAACCAGAUGGACUUGAAACACCACGGUCGAGAGAAAUGGGUCUAUGCAAGCAUAAAAAGCAGGGAUCACGGCCCUAUUCACUCGAUCGCCUGGCGCCGUGGGGAUCAGAUCGACCAGCUGAACUUCGUCGGUCGAGGCUUUGUCCCCCUGCCGGAGCGCGGCACCGGCGGAGAAGAGAUGCCAGAGAAGUACUUCCAGGGGAAGGUUUGCGGACUGGACGUGGGAUACUGGAAGGACUGGAUGCAUCGCUUCACGGUUUUCAAUAUCAAGAACGCCUCUGAUAGCUGGAAAGGAAAGAGCUCAGCCGAGACUACGGUUUAUGCCUCUGGCCCAGGUCUCUGCGGCCUCUACACUUUCGACCGCCCGAAGAUGCAGGCUGAUGGCUUCGGGGGAUGCGGCGAUGCCCUGCAGCUGCAAAUGUGGUUCCAACCCGACGAGGUUGCACAGCCCGAUCGGGCUUCCCUUGGACGUUGGAUGGGCAAAGUAGCCCUCGAGCAUGUCGACAGGAGAUUGGAGACUUCAUGGUAUUGCGGUCAGCUGGCUUCCCUACCGGCCAACUUCUACGCCUUCGGCUUGAUUUCAGUGAAUGUGCCUGUGGUGCAAGUCUCGGCUAAAGCUGCACCGCAGUUCCCGGCAUGUUUCAAGCACUACAUCCCAUUCCCAGCAGAGCAGAUUAGGUGCCUCCUCGCAUGGCUCCCAGCUAAGAUCCUUUGCUUCCUACUAUUUCUCAGCUUUUCUGUGGAGGCAGUAGCGGAAGGCAACCCGACCUGCUGGCAAGAAGGCUUCUCCUAUGAAAUGUGCUGCGAUAAGAAGUAUGGGCCUGAGGGCAACAAAGAAUGCUGGGAUGGGAUGCACACCUUUCAAACCUGCUGCUUACCUGGAGUCAGUGGAUACUCGCCAGUGGCAGACUUCGAGGAUCUCAUGGCCCGGGGGUCCACUGGAGAUGUUUCGGUCUUGCCUGCGAUCAUUCAGCUCAUCAGCUCUGGCGGCGAGGACUGCACGAAGUCAUCUCACGCCAACGCUUCUGGCUGUGAUACAGGAGGCAAUGGUAUCUCGGGUAGGCAGUGGAAAGCUUUCUUCGAGGGUGCAUCCAUGUCGAAGUUCAUGCGUUUACAGCCCUGGCCUCCCGACGGAGAGCCUUCAAAACUCUGGACAGCAUGUUGCUCCAACUCAACAGUGAGCAUCCGUGAGCGUGUCUUGACAUUGGCCGAGUCUUGUGCCGCCGGCGCAGCUGCUUUGGUUCUCUCUGUUCUUCCUCAGCUUGACGCAACCUCCCCCACAGCCGCGCUCGAAGGCUAUGAUGUUGGCUCAGAGCUGGCCGAGAGAUUGCAGGAAACUGGGGACUGCCGGUGGCUGUACCAGACAAAUCGAGCUGCCUGGAUGCAUUACGACUGGUUCAUGUCACCACCGGAAAAGUUUCUGCCAUGUGUUGGGUCCUUACGCAUCUUCGUCGACGAGCGUGAGACGGCAUCGGUGCUGCGAGAGGCCCCUCUGAGCUGUGCGCAUCGAGGCCUCUGCUUCACAGAGGUCUGGGUCCACGAAUUCUUUCAACGUGCAAGCUGUCGCGUAGACGAUCCGGCCCAGGCAGAUUUCGUUUAUGUGCCCAUCUACUUGUCCUGCUACGACAUGCAGGGCCCAAAGCGGGGCGACCAGGCCCUUGCCCUGGAAACGUUGAUGGGAGACCUAAUGGCACAGGAGGGUCCGCCGGUGCUGCUGGUCUUCACCUGCGAGAAGUGGAAGAUGAAAGGAUGGAGGAGCUUGCUGGGCCGUGAGAGUGAUCGAAGCGUGCGAGAUCACGUGGUGGCUGCAGUAGAGACUCGUCCUCUCUUGGGCCCAGAGGACGAUGCAAGGAUCCUUCCGGGGACCGCCUGGAGUUGUGAGGACUGCUUUCGAUUUGGCUUGGAUGUGGUCUUGCCAUCAGCCGUUCCAGCACCCGAAGCCUAUCGACUUCGAUUCUUCAACCGGGAGCUAGACGAGCGAACCCUUCUGCUGGUUUGGCGAGGGGAGCAUGCAGAGUCGGAUAUUAGGUCAGACGUGCGAGAAGGUUACAUCGAGGUGAACGAGACAGUGCGACCAAGAAUCAUAAAAUAUUUUGAGAGCAAGCCCGAUGCUGAUGUUGGCCGCCCCUCUAUGCGUUACAGCUUCCUCAUGGGCAACUCGCACUUUUGUCUAGUACCACGUGGUCGUGGCUGGUGGACUGUCCGUCUCUUCGAGGCUUUCUACGCCGGCUGCGUGCCAGUUCUGCUCAGUGACGAUGUCGAGUUGCCGUUCGAGGAUUUCCUGGAUUGGGACACGUUUUCUCUGAAGUGGCCAAUGCUUGAAGUCGGUGAGAGCCUCUACUUGCAUUUGCGGGCCUUGAAGCACGAUCAGCGGAAGAUGAGGGAGCUUCAUGAAGGAGUGCGUGCCGUGUCUUGCUGGUUCGAUUUCUUGGAUCCGUCGGGUGACUGCUCGCCCUAUCAGGGCCUCUUAAGGCAACUGGCUCGCAAGCGGCAGAUGCGGGCCAGGCUGUGCAGUGCGCUGGCUGUUCUUGCCGUCUACGUGCUUCUUCGGAUCGGCGAUCUCGAGGCAACGAGCAGGCCAUCUGGCUCCAUGUCGGAGAUCGGUCCCGCCUUGAGUAACUGCUGUUCCGCAUGCGGAGAGCCAGAGCCCCAUGAGCAGCAGUUUGUGGCGAGCAUGAGGGUGGUGGAUGAUGCGCCUGAUGCUGCAGCUCAGACAGAAGAAGUAGGUAGUAUGCGAGCUUGCGAAGAUGCCGGUGAUGCCGAAAGUACUUCGGCAGAGGAAGGCGUGUUGUCGCCCCCAGAGAUCUGCGUUUAUCGCUCGGAUCUGACCCAGCAGAGCAGUCGUGAAGAGCUGAUGCGAGCCAUCUCGAUGCGGAAGUCCUUGCGACGAGCUGCCAGUCUUUGGCGCUCGCGACCUCCAGCUUUGAGCUUGGAGAAGCGGGCACGCCUUUACAACGCUUCCAGCCCGACAGCUGCCUUCGACGUGUUCCUGUCCCAUACCUGGCUAACAGAUGGGCGGUUGAAAGCCUUGUCGUUACUUAUCCGAUUCGGCUGGCCGACUCUUCUACUCGGAUGGCUCAUCGGUGCAGCUAUAUCCUUUCCCCUCUGUUUGACAGGCAUUUUGCCUCAGUUCAGAGGCACGCGGGUGGUUUUGGAUUCUGAACCUGAGGUUCCAGAUGGCUAUUGGGUCCUGAUCUGCUGCACUGCCGGCGCGAUCUUGGGCCUACUUGCGUUUCCUUACUUGCCCAGCCGUUCGGAUCGGUGCUUCCUGGACUUCGUGUCUAUCAGCCAGACCGACGAGCGGCUCAUGCAAGAGGGGAUCGACAACAUCGGCAACUUCCUGGCGUCCACUGCUGAACUGCGGGUGUUUUUCUUUGCUUUGUUAGUUGCUAUUGUUUACCCAUCCAUUCGUGGCAGUUUCCGGUCCCGCAACGCUGGGUUUCUCGAUAUAAUCUCCUUCGUUUGCUUGGCCUUCGGUGCUGCGAUGGUCCGCGUCAUCGUGCAGUGCCAACGAUGCGUGCAGAAGAUGAUCUUCCAGCUGUCCACGUUUGAUGUCACGACAUUGCAGUGCAGCAAGCAGCGGGACAAGGAAAGCAUCCAUGCGGCGAUCGUGCAUUGGUACGGCAGCUUGGACGCCUUCACGGCACACGUGCGCGGGCCCUUCCGCGUCGAGGUGCUGACGCUCAUGCGAUCCGAGGGUAUCAUCCCCUUCGGCUACAUUUUGGUCUGCUUGGCGUCUGCUGCUGCUUUGCCGCUGGGGAACCUGGUAUCUUUAUUGCUGGUGGGUGCCUCCUGGGAAAGCUGGCUGACCUAUGCCUUGAGUUUUCUGGUGGCUUUGGACAUGCUUUGGUUCCCUUCCACGGUUUUCCUGACCAUCACGGCCUGCGAGUAUGUGCUCUGGUCGGAGUCGAAGUGCAAGAUGUGUAGGUACUCGGCGAUUGGCGUGACGUUUGCCUUCCUCAUGCUCGCAGGCAUCGCUGCUUCUUCCUGGGCGCUCAGCUCCUGGGUCGGUGUCUUGUCAUGGCUGUGCGUGGCUACGUUCUUCGCCGGCUUCUCCUGGCGGAUUUCAAAGGCUUGCGCCAUGGCCUACAGGGAACUCGAAGAGUAA